CUGGACUCUUGGAUCUGGUAGCAGCACGUUUUAGCAGACAAGUAAGAACACGCUUUGCGCUUAAGCUGUGCCAGACAUUUGAUGGGGAAUUCCACACCAAUUGGGAAAAAUGCCUGUUAUGAAAGGACUAUUAGCCCCGCAGAAUACCUUUUUGGACACCAUAGCGACGCGUUUUGACGGCACACACAGUAACUUCAUUCUCGCGAACGCUCAGGUGUCAAAGGGAUACCCAAUAGUUUACUGUUCAGAUGGAUUCUGUGAACUGGCUGGGUUUGCGAGGACAGAAGUCAUGCAGAAGAGUUGCAGCUGUAAGUUUUUGUAUGGCCCCGAGACAAAUGAGCAGAUAAUGCUUCACAUUGACAAGACCUUAGAGGACAAGAAGGAAUUGAAGGGGGAAGUCAAAUUUUAUAAAAAGAAUGGUACUUUGUUUUGGUGUCUUCUGGACAUUGUUCCUAUUAAAAAUGAAAAAGGGGAUGUCGUUCUUUUCUUGGCCUCCUUCAAAGACAUCACAGACACCAAAGUGAAGAUUGCUCAGGAAGAUAGAAGGGAAGAAAACCAUAAGGGGAGAGUGAGCACAGGAUCCCAUUUCAGCUCAGCACGAAUACGAAGUCGCACUGUACUUUAUCACAUCUCUGGACAUCUUCAAAGAAGCGACAACAAGAAUAAAAUUAAAAUCAACAAAAAUGUGUUUGGAGAUCCACCAGCACUCCCAGAGUACAAAGUUGCAGACGCAAAAAAAUCAAAAUUCAUCCUGUUACAUUACAGCGCCUUUAAAGCUGGCUGGGACUGGCUUAUUUUACUGGCAACGUUUUAUGUUGCUGUGACUGUACCAUACAAUGUGUGUUUCAUUGGGAACGAUGAAUUAACACGAAGCACAACUGUCAGUGAUAUUGCAGUAGAAAUACUUUUCAUUAUAGAUAUUAUUUUUAAUUUCCGAACGACGUAUGUCAGCAAGUCUGGGCAAGUUAUAUUUGAAGCAAGAUUAAUUUGUAUCCACUACGUAACAACAUGGUUAAUCAUUGAUCUGAUUGCUGCCCUGCCCUUUGAUCUCCUGUAUGCGUUUAAUGUGUCAGUGGUGUCACUCGUUCACCUUCUGAAAACCAUCCGUCUGUUACGGCUCUUGCGUCUGCUGCAGAAGCUGGAUCGAUACUCCCAACACAGCACAGUGGUCCUCACCCUGCUCAUGAGCAUGUUUGCCUUGCUGGCUCACUGGAUGGCAUGCAUCUGGUAUGUCAUUGGCAGGAUGGAGAUAGAGGCUAAUGAUUCUUUCUCUUGGGAUAUAGGUUGGCUUCAUGAACUGGGGAAGCGUUUGGAAUCGCCAUACCAUAAUAAUAACAGUCUUGGCGGCCCCUCAAUUCGAAGUGCCUAUAUUGCUUCCCUCUACUUUACACUGAGCAGCCUUACCAGUGUUGGCUUUGGAAACGUCUCAGCCAACACCGAUGCAGAGAAGAUCUUUUCAAUCUGCACUAUGCUGAUAGGGGCAUUGAUGCACGCACUGGUGUUUGGCAACGUGACUGCUAUCAUACAGCGCAUGUACUCCAGAUGGUCCCUCUAUCACACCAGAACAAAGGAUCUGAAAGACUUCAUUCGGGUCCAUCACCUGCCACAGCAGCUGAAACAAAGAAUGCUGGAAUAUUUCCAAACGACCUGGUCUGUCAAUAAUGGAAUAGAUGCAAAUGAGCUGUUAAAGGAUUUCCCAGAUGAAUUGCACUCAGACAUUACUAUGCACUUGAAUAAGGAGAUUCUGGAGCUGUCCCUGUUUGCGUCUGCCAGCCGCGGCUGCCUCCGCUCCUUGUCUUUGCACAUCAAAACCUCUUUCUGUGCUCCUGGGGAGUACCUCCUGCGGCAGGGAGACGCUCUGCAGGCUGUCUUCUUUGUCUGCUCAGGUUCCAUGGAGGUGCUCAAAGAUGACAUGGUCCUGGCCAUUCUUGGAAAAGGAGACCUAAUUGGAGCCAACCUUUCGAUUAAUGACAGAUUGAUAAAAACCAAUGCAGACGUCAAAGCUUUGACUUACUGUGACCUGCAGUGCAUUAACCUGAAAGGACUUUACGAGGUGCUGGACCUGUACCCUGAGUAUGCACACAAGUUUGUGGAGGACAUUCAGAAGGACCUCACCUACAACCUACGGGAGGGCCAUGAGACUGAUGGAAUAUCAAGAUUGUCCAAAAAAACGUCAAUAUCUCAGUCAGAGGGUAAAAGAAAUGGACGUAUAAACCAGCAGCGUCACUCAAUUGUAGAAGAGGAGGAAGAUGAAGAGGAGGGUGAAACUACACCUCUUUCUCCUGCUUCACUGGACUGCAGAGCAGUCUACAGGACCAGCAGCACUUUCUCUUCAAGGAAAGUACAAGACACAUCUCCUGCCAGAAUCUGCAGUUCAGAGUCAGAUACAAGAGCCAGACAUGAAACAGAGCCACCCAGCAAUGCCAGGAACCAGGGGAAAAAGCUCAAAUUACACCUGUCAACUGUGAACAAUGUCAGCUCUCCUGAUCUCAGUCCAAGGUUUGUUGAUGGUACUGAAGAUGGUGAUGGCACAGAAGCUAAACAAACCUUUGAGUUCUGCCCAAGACAAAUGCAACACUCUAGUGAUGGAACUACAGUAAGAGAUUCAAAUCAAAUAAACGCUACAGUGCUUGCUGCCAAGACAGAAGAAACAAAACAGCAGAUCAGUCAACUAAACCAGGAGGUUAGUACUCUAAGUCAAGAAGUAGCACAAUUAAGUAAAGACAUAAGAAAUGUUAUGUUUCUUAUUGAAGAAUUACUAUCUUCAAAGAAAACUCCAGUAUUUUGCCACACUCAUAGCACUUCUGUGGAAAGUUUUCAAACUACAAUGACUAGGAAAGCAGAACAGUCUUGCAUACAUUCCCAAGCAGGGCAAAAUGCUUGUCCAACAGCCCAACUCUCUCAAGGCAACCCAGUAUCAAGAAUUUUUGAACUGGACUCCUUGCAUACUGGUAGCAGUCCACAGAGGGAUGGGACAAAGCCUCAGAGAUGUAUGGAGAGUGACCACUAUUAUCCACCCUUCCACAUUCAAUUACUGCCCCAAGGGGAUACUUUACAACAUGUGAAAUGCACUUCCACGCAGUCAGACUCAACAUUAACUCCUUUUCAAUCUAUUUCAUCCACCCUGUCUUCUUUUGUGUGUUCUUCUCCUGAAACAUCAUCACAGUUUGUGACCAGCAAAUUAGAGGACAGUGCAGGGUCUUUCCAUGCUGCUACCAGAUCGUCUAGUCUUGAAAAUGUUCCCAUGUUCUGGGACCCUCAGGAGAAAACCACAGUUUCUUUGCAAAAUCUGCCAUUAGAAAUCAUGAAGGCUUCGAAUGAUUUCAAGAAAGACAAAAACAUGUAUGUAUAAUGACACAAUGAUAAGUGGCACUCAAAGAAUGCCUCACAGCUGCCUGAACUAAAAUAACUAAACUGCAUGAUUGCUUGCUCUGGGGUCUUUUACUAAUAUCUAGGGGUUGAAAUAGCUGGAAACUUUACUUAAAGUGAAGCAGUCAAAGACCAGUUCAUUCUGCAAAAGGUUUUCUAAGCAUGCUGAAAGGGUUUGACUGUAGAUUCACAUUCUAUGGACAUUUUCAAGUAGCGUAUUAGUUGAGCUGACUUUGUUCAUGUAGUUGCUGAAUGGCCAUGCAGGUCACCGCAGCAGGACUAUGAAGACAAAGCAACGUAAGCUCAGUGUUUUCAUUGGGGGUUAUGGUUGUGUGCUCUUUAGAAGAAUAUCUGAAACUCUAUUCGCUGCAGGUGAUCAGGCAGGACUCCUGCUGUUGUGCCUUGCCACGGUGAAGGAACAGUUAACACUGCAUGCCAUCUCCUAAACAAUGUACCUUAUAGAACCAGUAGAGGACUAUAUUAGAAAAUGCAUGCUGCUGUUCUGUGAAUUAAACUCUUCAUUUAUUUAUUAAAUACGAUUACUAUUUUUGUAAACCUGGUAUGCAAACUGCAUUUAAGCUAUGGGAAAUAUUUAUAAAGCUUGCCCUUCCAACAGAAAUCUAUACAGUUAUGAUAAUGUAGGUAAGAGACUGCACGUUACAAGUGAUUGUAAAAAUUAAAAACAAGGCAAUAUUUUAUUGAAAAUGUUUAACAUUUAACGUGUAAUGAAUGUAUGUAACAUGUAUAUAUUACUUGCCUCUUAAGUCUGGCAAGCUUUAUGAGAUUAGCCUUAUUGUUAAGUAAAAUAUUACUUAUUGUAAUCUUGUUUCCCUGAUGGAGAAGACGACCACCAACGACAUUAUGUAUGGGA